GUUUGGAUCAAUCAGAGAGAGACAGAAGGAAAGGGGAGAAGGAAAAAAAAAAAAAAUCCAGCCUGCAGCCCCUCUGAGCAAGUGCUGGGACCUGGGCUGAGCACACCCUCCCGGCUCUGCCUGCGGAGUAUCUGCAGCCUCAUGUAGUGCUUUCAGGAGACUGAGGGCUGGUUCUUCUGGGGGUGCAGCUGGGGAGGGGUGGGGGGGAAAAAGAAGCAAGAGGCUCUGCCUCUGGUCCCCGAGCUGUGCGCUCCCAGCCACUGGUCGCUCCUCUGCCCAAGGGCCUGGGCUGGGGGAUAAGAUGAGUGAGAGGCGAAGAUCGGCGGUGGCCCUCAGCUCCCGAGCGCACGCAUUCUCGGUAGAAGCCUUGAUCGGGACAAAUAAAAAGAGGAAACUGCGAGACUGGGAGGACAAGGGGCUGGAUUUGUCCAUGGAAAGCCUCAGCCCCAAUGGCCAGCUGGGGGACAAUGAAGACCCGACUCAGUGCCUGGACCUCAACCCCGACUCAGAGCAGAGCACUGGGUCAGACACAGAGGUGCUGACAGAAAGGACAUCCUGCUCAUUUGGCUCCCAUUCUGACCUUACAUCUGGUGGCUCAGGCCCUCAGCCUCCUCCACCUUCAUCCAUGGAAGAGAUCCAGGUAGAGCUGCAGUGUGCUGACCUCUGGAAAAGAUUUCAUGACAUUGGGACAGAGAUGAUCAUCACAAAAGCAGGCAGGAGAAUGUUUCCAGCCAUGAGGGUGAAAAUUACAGGCUUGGAUCCCCACCAGCAGUACUAUAUUGCCAUGGACAUUGUCCCUGUGGAUAACAAGAGAUACAGGUAUGUGUAUCACAGCUCCAAGUGGAUGGUGGCUGGCAAUGCUGACUCUCCAGUACCCCCAAGGGUUUACAUCCACCCCGACUCACUGGCUUCUGGAGACACCUGGAUGAGGCAGGUGGUCAGUUUUGACAAGCUCAAGCUGACCAACAAUGAGCUUGAUGAUCAAGGCCACAUAAUCUUACAUUCAAUGCAUAAAUACCAGCCCCGUGUUCAUGUCAUCCGCAAGGAUUUCAGCAGUGAUCUUUCUCCUACAAAGCCAGUUCCUUCAGGAGACGGGGUGAAAACUUUUAACUUCCCUGAGACAGUUUUCACCACAGUGACAGCCUACCAAAAUCAACAGAUCACCAGAUUAAAAAUUGACAGAAACCCCUUUGCUAAAGGUUUCAGAGAUUCUGGGAGAAACAGGACGGGGCUGGAGGCCAUUAUGGAGACCUACGCCUUCUGGAGGCCCCCCGUGCGCACUCUCACCUUUGAAGACUUCACUACCAUGCAGAAGCAGCAAGGAGGCAGCACAGGAACCUCCCCAACCACCUCCAGCACAGGGACCCCAUCGCCAUCUGCUUCCUCUCACCUUCUCUCUCCAUCCUGCUCUCCUCCAGCUUUUCAUCUGGCCCCCAACACUUUCAAUGUUGGCUGCCGGGAGAGUCAGCUUUGCAACCUCAACUUGUCUGAUUAUCCCCCAUGUGCCAGAAGCAACAUGGCUGCAUUGCAGAGCUACCCAGGGCUGAGUGAUGGUGGCUACAAUCGGCUGCAGAGCAGCACUGCUUCUGCCUCUCAGCCCUCUGAAACCUUCAUGCCUCAGAGGACUCCAUCCUUGAUCUCAGGAAUGCCAGCUCCUUCCUCCCUGCCCAGCAACAGCAAGAUGGAGGCAUACAGUGGCCAGCUGGGUUCUUUCCCCAGCUCUCAGUUUCAGUAUGUCAUGCAAGCAGGCAACCCUGCCUCCACCUCCUCCUCUUCACACAUGUUUGGUGGUGGCCACAUGCAGCAGAGCUCCUACAACGCCUUCUCCCUGCACAAUCCCUACAACCUCUAUGGAUACAAUUUCCCUGCUUCCCCCAGGCUGGCAGCAAGCCCAGAGAAACUCACCACCUCCCAAAGCACUUUACUAUGCUCUUCCCCAUCCAGUGGGGCCUUUGGAGAGAGGCAAUACCUUUCCACAGGAAUGGAUCAUGGGAUGCACAUGAUUAGCCCUCCCUCCAGCAACCAGCAGACAGCCAACACCUGUGACAACAGACAGUACGGUGCAGUUCAGGGCUCCUCCUCACAGAUGUCAGUGCACAUGGUCUAACAAGCCAUGCCUCUCCUUGGUAUCGGAGGCAGCCAGACCUUCAUCGUUUCCAGGGGUGAAACCAUCCCAGUACCCUUUUGCAUUCAAACUUAUAGUGGAACUAGUAUUGUAAUGAUAAAUAAGAACACAAGCCAUCUUGGUGUGUGCCACAAGAACCUUGUGGAAAGCCUUGACUGACAGCCAUCGCAGCUUGUUGUAGCCCAGGGCCUCCAGACCUGCCACGGAGCAUCUGCUUUUUCUGGACAUUGGAGAGAGAAGGGCAUGACUUUAAAAGAAGCUGGAGAGAAGCAGCCAGAUAUACCGUCUAUGCAUUAACUUUCAGCUGGUGUGAGCUUUCAGCGUGGAGGGACCCAUACCCCUGUGCUGUCUCCUCUGGGUGUUGAAGAAGGGCAGUCUCCCACGGCUUCGUCCUCUGAAGCUGCACUGCCCAUGGCUUUAAAGACCUCCCCCUUUCCAAAUAGAUCCUCACUGCUGGAGCAGCUCAGCCCAUUUCUGAAGCAAACAGUGGCCUGUGGGACCUUCUUCCACUGUAUCACAGGAAUGGCACUGCUGGGCUAGAGCUUCUUCCUGAGAGGUUUCUGCGUUUUCACCAUGGCUCUGCCCAGCAGUUUCUUUAUGAGUAUUGAGCUCAGCAGUACCCAGCCUGCAGAUGGAGAUGAAAGAAAAAGGAGAGAGAAAAGUUUUAACCCACAAAGGAGCCUCAGACAUUAGGAGGGACUGAACUUUGGAAAGGUGCACAGGGAAGAGGAGUGCUCAGCUCCUGUUGACUUGGCUGGAAAUAAUGCAGCCAAACUGAAUGGAAGACAGCCUUUGUGGGGAACGUGUGUCCCACAGCACUCAUCCCAACAGGAGGAAACUGUCCAGACUGAGCUCACGGGGAAGAGCAAUGAAAAAAGAGAGUUUUGCUCUACAGGAGCACAGCUGUCCUUGCAUGCAAGAGUUGCCAUAGAAAACCAUUAGCAUUUCAGAAACAGUGAGGUUGAGUAUUUGCCAACCUCCCAACUGCCACAUGAUCUCUGUUUAACUAAAUAGAUCAUUGCCUUUUGACAUCUUUCUUUUCUGUUUUUUUCCUUUUUCUUUUUUUUUCUCCCCUCUUCAAAUCCUUUAAUAAUAAGAAAACAAUUGUAGCUUGGUGCAAGCUAUGCAUUUAAGUUGUGUGAAAAUGCAAAUACCAAGUAACAGAAUACAGAUAUUAUUGAGAUUUGUUGUGAGGUGUUGUAGAUAAAUGUAUUUAUAUGCCUAGUGGGGUAUUCAUUAUUAUGAGUAUAAAAGAGGGCAAUAAAAAUGGUAUGUAAAAUAUGUAUGAAGAAAAAGGUGUAUAAAGAUUUGCCCUACGCACGGAACUCUGUUUCUAAGUGCCAAGCACAGAAUGCGCUAAAUAAAUCUUUGCAAUUAUUCCCUCUGUGUUUUUCUCUGUCUGUGAGGCUUCUCAGGGGUCUUCUAGAGACAGACAUUUUUGACAUACUGUCAUGUGUGUUUGCACAGUCAAGACAUGGUGCUAAAUUGUGAAGUCCAGGCAAUAUUACAAUAAAAAUAAAAAUUCUGUCUUCUCAAGGAAUUUUAAAAAUUGAGUGCUUGGAAUUUGUAGGAUGCCUUCUUCACAGGAAGUAUGUCUUAAAGACAACUGGAGAUGUUAUUUUCAUUAUUGAAGGCUAAUAAAAAGCUCUUCAGAGUAAUUUUUCGCAGUCAAUAUAGUCAAUAAUGCCUAAAAAUAACAGUAUAAUUUAUUUCUCAUUUUUAAGUGGAAUUUUGUGGUGUGUGUCAGUUUUUCAUUUGCACUAUAAUUCUAAUAUGAGAUUGAGACAUUAACACUGAAAGCCAUGGAGAAGGUGAAGCCCCCUCAAAACUGGCUGGAAGUUAUGGCUGCAGAGUUUACAGCUUUUCCUGUGUCAAUAAACUUUUUUCCUUUUCCUGAA